AUAGUGUUUAACAUGAUUUUUGAAUUACUACCUCAUCUCUGUACCCCACACAUACAGAUAAUUUUAAGGUCCCUCAGUCGAGCAGUGAAUUUCAGACACAAAGAUCAGGGAGGUUUUCCAAAGCCUCGCAAAGAAGAGCACAUAUUGGUAGAUUGUUUUUUUAAAAACCUGACAUUAAAUAUCUCUUUGAGCAGGGUGAAGUUAUUAAUUACACUUUUGAUGGUGUAUCAAUACAGCCAGUCACUACAAAGAUACAGGCAUCCUUCCUAAAUCAGUUGCCGGAGAGGAAGGAAACCGCUCAGGGAUUUCAGUGAGGCCAAUGGUGACUUUAAAACUGUUAGAGUUUGUAAUUGCUGUGAUAGGAGAGAACUGAAGAUGGAUCAACAACAUUGGAUUUACUCCACAAUACUAACCUAAAUGACAGAGUGGAAAGGAAGCCUGUACAGAAUAUGCAUCCUGUUUACAAUAAGGCACUAACUUAAAACCGCCAAAAAUGUGGCAAAGAAAUUAACUUUAUAUCCUGAAAUCAAAGUGUUUGGUGCAAAUUCAACACAUCACUGAGUACCACUCUUCAUAUUUCUAAGCAUGGUGGUGGCUGUAUCAUGUUAUGGGUAGGCUUUUCCUCGCAAGGACUAGGGAGUUUAUUAUUUUUUUUAUACAUAAAAAGAAAUGGAAUGGAGCUAAGCACAGGCAAAAUCCUAGAGGAGAACCUGGUUCAGUCUGCUUUCCUGAGAGACAAAUUCACCUUUCAGCAGGACAAUAACAUAAAAUAUAAGGCAUGCCAUUGCCAAAUAUACAAUGGAGUUAAGUAAUAACCUAGUUACAUUUUUGACAGAGCUUGAAGAAUUUUAAAAACAAUAAUGUGCAAAUAUUGUACAAUCCAGGUGUCCAAAGCUCUUAGAGACUUACCCAGAAAUGCUCACAGCUGUAAUCGCUACCAAAUGGUAGCAAUAUAUUGACUCAGGGGUGUGAAUACUUAUGUAAAUUAAUAAUUUGUAUUUAAUUUUCAAUACAUUUGCAAAAAAGUCUAAACAUGUUUUCACUUUGUCAUUAUUGGGUGUUGUGUGUAGAUCCUGCUAGGGUUUUUGUAUAGCCUAUAUUGUGAGGGAUAGCUAAGCCUAUUUACUCCGUUUUGUCGGUCAUCAAUGGUUCCUGCUUAACUGGGUUUGUUUUCUUCUCAGAACCGGGUCGACAACAAGAAUGCAGAAUACUCGAGCAGCCUAUUUAUUGAGAGCAGAAUGCUACAUUUGUUUUGUCUGGGUGUCAAGUAAGGUCUUCACUGUAAAAUUUCUGAAUGAGUUACUUCUUAUUCUUAGCUUUGACGAAGCCCAUGCUUUAGUUGGAUGGAAACAAAUAUCCCGAAAAUCACAUUUUCCUCAGGCUGCUUUAGGGAAGACGCAGGAAGUGUAAUGUCACACCAGCAGACCGCUUUCCUGUGUGUUCCCUUUAUGUUGCCUCUCCUCCAUCAAUCCAAAGUGCUUUAAAGGCUAGUUAAGCAGCCUAACACAUUUAAAUGGUAAAUAAACUCCUUUGUUGCGAGCGGAGCACAGCCUCUUUAAUGAUGAGGAAUGUUCAGUAAUGACCCUUCUGUGCGUCACCGAUGUGACAGAAGUUGGUUAUCUCAUUAGUUCCCCUAGUUGAAUUUAUGCCUGAGACGACAAGAUCUCAACUGCUGCUUUGCUAGCUCAUGUUCCGCUCCUGCUCGCACACCGCUGACAAAUACCAGGAUGGAGAGAGUUUUAGACUAUGGAGCAAUGGGCGGGAGUAACGUGGGCAUGUUUUUUCAAAAGAUACCAGACCAGAGAGCUUUUUUUUCCAAAUCUUCAGACGUCAGAAGCAUACUGAAUAUCCUGGUUGAUACGGGAAGCAGUAACUUUGCAGUGGCUGCAGCAGCACAUCCCUUUAUCACACACUUCUUCAACACAGCACUCUCCAGUACGUACAAGUCCACUGGCAGGGGCGUGGCCGUCAAGUACACCCAGGGCAACUGGGAGGGCGAGCUGGGCACCGACCGCGUCCUCAUACCCAGCAUCGCUGGCACCCUCACCAUCAACAUCGCCACCAUCUUUUCCUCCGACGGAUUCUUCCUCCCAGGGGUCAACUGGCAGGGCAUCCUGGGUCUGGCCUACCCCCUGCUGGCUCGGCCUGACUCCUCGGUGGAGCCUUUCUUUAACUCCGUGGUACGACAGACAGACAUCCCAGAUGUGUUCUCCCUACAGAUGUGCGGAGCUGGGUUGUCAGCCAGCACCACUGCCGACCCCACGGGGGGAAGUCUUGUCAUGGGAGGGGUUGAACCAACAUUGUAUUUGGGGUCCAUGUGGUACACCCCAAUAAAGGAAGAGUGGUACUAUCAGGUGGAAGUAUUGAAGCUGGAGGUUGGGGAUCAGAAUCUAAAUCUGGACUGCAAAGAGUACAACAAGGAUAAAGCCAUAGUGGACAGUGGAACCACUCUUCUGCGGCUGCCUGUGAAUGUGUUCAGUGCUGUGGUUGAGGCCAUCUCAAGAACAUCUCUGAUCCAGGACUUCACCUCAGGGUUCUGGGGUGGCACUAAACUGGCCUGCUGGUUGAAGGGGGAGACACCGUGGAGGUUCUUCCCCAAACUGUCCAUCUACCUGAGAGGCACCAACACCAGCCAGUCCUUCAAAAUCUCCAUCCUCCCUCAGCUGUAUAUCCAGCCAAUCACAGAUGUGGACGGUACGCUGGACUGCUUCCGCUUCGGCAUCUCGUCGUCAGCCAACGGCCUGGUGAUAGGAGCAACCGUCAUGGAGGGCUUCUACGUCGUUUUCGACCGGGCAGAGAAGAGAGUGGGCUUCGCUGUCAGCAGAUGUGCAGUGAACGGUGGGAUAGCCGUGUCAGAGAUCUCUGGGCCCUUCUCAUCUGCAGACGUGGCAUCUGACUGUGCUGCUGGAGGGCUGCUGAAGGAGCCCCUUCUCUGGGUCAUCUCCUACGCCCUGGUGGCCGUCUGUGUCGUGGUGCUCCUCAUCCUGCUCCUCCUCCUCGUCCUGCCCUGUCGUCACCGAGACCGGUCCGGCGAGAUCACUGAUGAGUCCUCGCUGGUCCGCCACCGCAUCAAAUGACUGAGGCGGGCCUCGGGUAGGACGACGAUGGCCACCGGGAGUUCCAAUUCUACUGAGGCAGGGAGAGGGGAGGGGUUGGGGCUGCAGUGACCAAUAGGACUGUUCUCUGGACACAUCAUGGAGACUGUAGUUUGACCAGAGAAUGCUUUUCUUAGUUUAGAUGUUACCAGUUUUUUUGCACUCCAGUUUCACAGCAACCUCUGAUUUAAUUUAGACACAUUAUUAGACUGGUUGGGUAGCAGAAAGGAAUGCUAUCUAUGCCAGCCCAGUCUCUUCUUGCACAUAUUUCCUGCUGAUUCCCCACUGCCUACAACAUGGUAGUGAAGUGCACUGCUCUCACCUGAGACAAGGUCCUAAGAUCUCUUAAACAGCCAUGUUUCUUUUUACUUCUCAGAAGCCUCAACUCAAAAUAGCAUAUUGUAAAUUACUCAAGUUUGUUGAAUGUUCCCCAUAGGUAUCAUUACCAUUCUUUCAUUACAAUUUUGUUCUUUGCUGUGUGAUGAAAGUUUUGUAGGAAAUGUCCUUUGUCAAGCUGUUUUAUUAAGAGUUGGAGUUGACUAAAUGUUUUUAUUCAAAGUACAACCAGGAGGUCAGACAAUAGAAGAUGAUACACAUAGGUUGAUAUACGUCCCUUGUCGUUUACAAUGCUAUCAAGUCACAGCCAUCUCAUAUGGGAACUAGCAUGGGUUUGCGACAUUCUGUUUAACUGUAAAAAGUUAUCAAAAGUGUCAAAUUAUGAAUAUCACUCCAUCUGUAUGAGUGAGAAUGAAGCAAUCCGUGUUAAUAGGAUUUUGUAAUGACAUUGUGUAGUUGAUAUUUAAGUCAAAAUGAAUGAUUGUAUAAUAUUUCAAAACCUCACCAUUAGUAGACAUACAGAAACCUGAUUUGUAAGGCCACAUUUAUAUUGGAGUAUUUCUAUGUUAAAUAAUAUUUUCUACAUUUUAUGUUACCCAUGAUUUCAAUAGGGGAAAUGCAUUGGCCAAAAAAAAGUAUUGUACUGUAUUUUCAAAAAGUUAAAUAUUUUUUUGCAAAGGUGUUUGAAACAAAAUCAGGUGCAGUUUUAAUUUAAACUCACGAUUGUUUAAAUGUAUCAGUGCCAAAAUUGUGAUUGUAUAUAAUUAAAUUGAUCAGAUUAAAGUAAAGGCUCUCAUUACAACGUGAUAAAACGCCCGGCCUGUAUUCCAACCUGGAUAAAAGAAAUUCACCAUUCACUUGAAUAUUAUGAAUAAAGAGUUACACUAGUAGAGAGCACCAUGGUGCAGGUUCUGUUUCUCUACUCUUGCAUUCAAGAGCAACUACCAAGACCACUCUUCAAGCAUAGGGGAGACAGUACAGUAUGCAGAAGACAGUGAGGAACUUACUGGAUUAGUGGUAAUUUUGUCUUAAGGAAAUCUUAUUAUAGAUAUGACAUUUUACAAUUCUUAGAAGUCAAUGAAACAAAACAAUUUAUUCAUUCUUAAUAUCCACGGUGUAGGAAAUAAGACACAGAAAACAUUCAAAACUGCAUAGGCACAUUCUAUAGGUAAGAAAAUAUAAAUAAAAACACUUACUUGCAAGUCCUCCUGUUGAGGUGAGUCCAUUCAUUCAACACUACACUGAACAAACAGGUGUCAGGUCUGUAUGAGUGGUGGUGGAACCAUCCAUAUUUCGUGUGGAACCGUCCAUAUUUAAAUACCUCAGAUUGACUCGAGGGAGUAGGCUCUCAAUUUCUCUCGUACAACAGCCAAUUAUCUUUAUCUAACAUCAGCUAUUUAUUAUCCUAUGAUACAAUGAACCUAUACUAGAAUCAAAUAGAUUAUAUAUCAGACAUUUGAUUAAAAUAAUUCUGAGCAACACAAGAAAACUACUCAUAUAAACGUUGCAUCAGAAACCUAAUAAUUGAUUACAGUCUGGUUGAGAGAAUGCUUAGACCGUGCAAAGCUAUAAAGGCAAAGGGUGGCUACUUUGAAGAAUCUCAAAUAUUUUGAUUUGUUUAACACUUUUGGUUGCUAUAUUAUUCCAUAUGUGUUAUUUCAUAAUUUUGAUGUCUUCACUAUUAUUCUACAAUGUAGAAAAUAGUACAAAUAAAGAGAAACCAUUGAAUGAG